GUUGUGAUUGUCCGUACGUGGUAGACGGUUUCUGACUGUCGAACGCGGAGGUACCACCCGGCGGAUCUCGUAGGCCUGUGGUAGAUGGUCUCUGACUGUCGAACGCGGAAGUACCACCCGGCGGUUCUCGUAGGCGGAGGCAGAAUGUGUGCAUUUCCCAUGUAUCCCCCUAUAGCCCCAAGGUACCCAAUGGGCUUAGGCCUUAGGCCUUCGUGGUAGUUGG